AUUAUGGAGAAAGCAGAAGUAAGAAAUCAAACGCCCAUUGUAGAAUUCAUCCUCUUAGGAUUUGGGAAUGUCCCUGAACUGCAGACCCUUCUCUUCCUCGUGUUUCUAGUGAUCUACAUUGUGACUGUCUCCGGAAACAUCCUCUUCGUUGCACUAGUUGUGGCUGAUCAGCAACUUCACAUCCCCAUGUACUUUUUACUGGGGAACCUGUCCUGCCUGGAGAUCUGCUACACCUCCACCAUCCUGCCCAGGCUGCUGGCCAGUCUCCUGACUGGGGACAGAACCAUUUCUGUUAAGGGCUGCAUUGUGCAAUUAUAUUUCUUUGGUAUCCUGACAAAUACAGAAAAUCUGCUGCUCACGGCAAUGUCUUAUGAUCGGUAUUUAGCGAUAUGCAAUCCACUCCGUUAUGCUGCUCUGAUGAAUGGCAGGGUUUGUUGGCAGCUUGUGGCAGGGGCCUGGAUAAGUAGCUUACUGCUCUGCACCAUAGUAAAUAUUUUCUUCUUCCAAUUAACAUUCUGUGAUUCCAAAGAAAUUGACCAUUUCUUUUGCGAUUUUUCACCCAUGAUAAAGCUGUCCUGUGUUGACACCCAGACUCUGGAACUGUUGACAUUUAUUAUCGCUGUCAUAGGGACAUUUGUGCCCUUUCUUCUGACUCUGACAUCCUACAUUUGUAUCAUCACCACCAUCCUGAGAAUCCCUUCCAGCAUCGGGAGGCAAAAGGCAUUUUCCACCUGUUCCUCUCACCUCAUUGUGCUUGCAAUUUUGUAUGUGACCGUAUUAACUGUCUAUGUAAUUCCAACAGCCAACACUCCCAAGGUCCUACAAAAAAUAUUCUCUGUCUUCUACACAGUCCUGACUCCUAUGAUCAACCCUGUCAUCUAUAGCCUGAGAAACAAGGAGGUCAAAGAGUCCCUAAGAAAAGCUAUUCUUAAACUAGUAUCUUAGUGAAACAGGCAUAGAAUGUAAAAGUAUCAAUUUUAGCAUAUAGUAAAUAGAGAUGAGGUGAUAUAGUUUCUUACUUGAGUCCUUGAUAGCAGGGUUACCCCUUUCUUUCUUUCUUUCUUUCUUUCUUUCUUUCUUUCUUUCUUUCUUUCUUUCUUUCUCUUCCUGUUACUCUGCUACUUUUUGAGCAUUCAUCUUUCAUACAUUUAAUAGACAUUUCUUUAUACAAAACUUCAUACUGUAAGAAACAUUUUUUAUAAAAAUUGGGCUUUUUUUCCAAACUCACUUUUCAGUAAAGCACUCUGGCUCAUUCAUCCAUACAUGAACACUAUGUCCAAAUUCUGCAAGAAGCUUACCAUCUUUUGGGUGGUUCUGGGUCUCUUCCACUCCCACUGAAGCCAAUGAAAGUCAUUCUCCACUUUUUAGGACCCUCCAUUUUCAUUUAUGCCUCUG